UUUUAUUUGUUAAUUUUUUAAAAUUUUUUUUUACAUAAAUAACCAUGUACAAACAUUUGCUCAAUAUCAGUUCUUAAUAACUAAUAGUGUUCUGACAGUAGUCGAAAUUUAUGCGUGAGUAAUCGAUGUUUUUAUUUGUUUUUCAUGCAAGACAGAAAAAUAAUUGCAUACAUUAGUUAUUGAUACAUAAUGGACAAGAUAUGCUGUAUAGUCAAUUUUGAAGGCUUUAACUUCGACAACAAGUUCCUGGUGCGUGAAUUCGGAUGGAUAAAUAUAGAUACUGGUAAAAUUGGCGUGAAUCGAUUUAAUUUGCGCCCCUUUUCAACAGGUUUGACUCCAAAAGAGAGCUCCACCAUUCGAUUCACCGAAAACAAACUUCACGGACUUUCCUUCUGUCCGGCCAGAGGAGAAAAUACAAUUAGUUUAGAUCUUCUGGAUGCAAAGGUCACGGAAGUGUACGAAAAAUGCAAAAGUCAAGACAAGUGUGUCGUUGCUUAUAAAGGGGGUGGUAAGACCAAGCGAGACAUUCUGGAACGACUGAAGAUUCCAUUCAAGAACAUCGAAGAUUUCGGAUGUCCCAAAUACACGGAACUUGUGAAGUAUCACGUUCGUGAUUCAUGCGGAUUUCAUCAAAGGAAUUUGCCCUGUUCCAUUUCCCAGGUUUGCGCUUACAAGGCCUGGUUGUUGGACAAUAUGCACGAAUUAAUGAAGCGAAAAGAAUUCUGUCCAGAGAACUGUUCUUCUGAUGAAGACUGGGGUGACGCGGAUGAAGAUGACGAUUCGGAUGUUAUUUAGUAAUAAAAAAAUAUAAUGAGUGCUUUGAAAGAUAAAAAAUUUGCUUUCUAUCGUU